ACAUUUGUUCAACUCUUACGUCAUAAAUCGAAAGAUACCGAAGGUAAGAUCCUUGGCAACAGAAGAUUUUAGGAAGUACUAUAGAAAAGAUUUUCUUUGUACAGGAGGUCUCACAACCUUGGAAAAACUAGCGGUAUUCCACUGUAUUUAUCAGUGCAAUCCUUUACAUGAAUCCUUUGAGAUAAGACUGAACCGCCUUGAGGAAGUGAACUGCAGGUGCUCCAACAAAAAUACUGAGCCAAGAAAAGGAUUCAGAUAUCAAAUUUCCCCAAUUAAAAUACGUUGUCGUUCGCGUAGCCAUCAAGUCUAAUAUUCAUAUUAGGUAAUCUUACCUUAAUUGGAAGUUAAAAUAGUGUUUUUUCCCGCCAUUUAAGGCUUCAAAAUGUCAAAAAUAGGAAUCCAAACUUGCAGAUAUUAUAGCAAAGUAACACUUAAGUCCACCAUCUUGAAUUUAGCUUAGAAACCUGGCCUUAGACAAAGGAAGCCCAAAACAUGGAGUGAUGUAAAAUCUGUACAAACUGUAGCUACUCUAGCCAAAUUGAAUUUGUAUCAUAGCCAUAAAACAUAUUCAUUUUCCAUUUUCACAUAUUCACUGGGCUUAACAAUGUGAGGGUGGCUAACUAAAAACAGAUGAAAUUGGAACUUCGCUUGGUGUUAGGUUCAAUCGGAGCGGAGGAAAACCGGAAUUCGAAACCCGGGUAAAAAGCCGUCUUGAAUCGAGGGAGUGACGGUAUUUAGCCCUAUAGAUGUGAUCAAGCGCCCAUCAGACUGCAGACAAUAUCCUCAAUCCGUCCCAAGCACAAAUACUUAAGUUAUCAACCUUCACUUAUCUAGGCCUUAAUUGCCUUGAGCGUAAUUAGCGAUAUUCUGACAGCAACGUUCAAUUCUCAUUYAUGGUAAUCGAAAAUCUUGACUUUGGAAUUGAAUUUAGCAAAACAAGAAUUAUGUGUCAAUCGUCUAAUAUCAACAGUAUAAAAGCUAUGAAAUCUGCCUGAAUGUUCAGAAGAGCAAAUUACGGCUAAACGGAGAGUUAAACUUUUAGUUUCCAUGGCGCACGAGCAAAAUAUUUCAACAGGCAAGAUGAACAUCUCAACAGAGUUACAGAAUUUUGAGUCGUAUAUACCAGACAGUGAUGGGGUUAUAGUCGUUAAGGCURUUGCGUGUGGGAUUGUCACUUUGGUAGCGUUGGUUGGAAACUCGCUUGUCAUAGCCGCAAUUCUUCAAAGCAAGAAAAUGCGAACUGUAACUAAUUAUUUGAUCAUGAACGUGGCUAUAGUCGAUAUUCUGUACGUGGUUGUCGCUAUGCCAAUCUUUUACAUGAAUAUUUUCAACUAUUUUUGGUCCUCGGAAUCGAUAUUUUUUGAAUUCUUCUGCAAGGCUGUGAACUUCAGCCAGUACAUGUUACAAGCCGCAUCAGUCUUAACCCUCGCAGCCAUUGCUGCGGAUCGUUAUUUCGCGAUCAUGAUGCCCUUGAAGAGAAUUCUCACUAAAAAAGCAUUCCUAUUUCUCUUGGGUCUGGUAUGGUUCGCCUCUGCAAGCGUCGCGGCUCCUCUUCUCUACGCCUACAAAGUUGUCAAGUACGAUAACUACACGACUUGUGCCGAAGACUGGUCUCCAGCUUUCGACCCAAAUACCUCGAGCAAACUCUACACGAUAGUUUUAUUCAUUGUCGCCUAUUGUGUCCCUUUUCUUGCGAUGACUUUUGUCUAUUCUGUCAUAUCGAAAAAACUGUGGACCCGAAAGGCUAUCGGUGAAGGACCACUCAAUUUGAGUGCAAAGAAGAUUCUAGAAUCGAGAAAAAAAGUCGUCAAAAUGUUGGUAACUGUGGUGGUUGUGUUCGUCAUUUGUUGGCUACCAGUUCAGAUUAUUAGUCUAUGGGGAUACUUUAAUGAUAUUGUGUUUUUCUCGCAAUGGCUUGUCUUUGUGUGCAUGUUUGUAAUGCGCGCGCAUCCGGCUUUAAACCCCUGUAUCUACGCCAUCUUUAGCGAGAAUUUUAGGGAAGGGUUCAAGAUGGCGUUGAGGGGCUUCUGCUGCCGGAAAAAGAGAUUUCGAAAGAAAUUGUCCAAGAACAAUAUGAACACUAUAAGAAUGUCUAGCCGUUUUGAUAGGAACAAUGGAGAGUCGCUUUUGAAGGGAUAUCGGGAAAAGAAGGAUGCAAAUAAUGAUACCUCAGACGAGCAGGACAUAGAAAUGACUGCCAAAGUCUCAGUCAUAUGACAUGCAUAAAGAAACACCAAAAGAAAAAAGACGAAAAAGGCGUCGAGGAUGUGUAUAAUAGUAGCCUUCGUACGAGUGCAAAACUCAUAGCCGUACCGUACCAUAUUUUGACAACUGUAAAUUACGAGGUUUUGAUUGGACGAUUUUACGAAAACAAUUGGAAGCCAUUAAGUGCUAUAACAUAAUUACUGCAUGUAAGUUUUCCCCAAACAUACGACAUCACACCACUUAGAGUAAAGUACGUUCUUAUAACUGAAACUUCACGGCACGCCGCAGUGUCACGCUACGAAAUUGACAACAUUUUUUGAUUAGCCAAUCACAGCGCACGGGAUUUAUGCAAAUCCAAUUAAAUUGCUUGAACACGACACUGUCACGCUUUAUCUGAAGCGUAAGUUUUUCAUAGUCAUAAGAAAUUUGCUUUAAUCACACGCUAUGUAUAACCAAUGUAACAUAAUGGGAACAAAUUCUAAUGUGUGUGAUAAAUAUUUAUGAAAAGUUA